AUGAGGCAGUACUGGCACACGGACGAGGUGUCACGCCAGCAUGGCAACUCAGCUGAGUGCGACAUGUGGAAGGCGAGUAAGUCUCCUGCAGCUCACCGCCACCCUCGGCGGCAGCUCACCAAGCCGGGCUGGGGCGAUAAUGUGUACGCCAAAUUUCUCAACGGGGCGUCUUACAAGAGCUUCAAGGAGCGACCAGGCGACGAAUUCACUUACCCUGGCCGCACGCUCUUCCUCUCGACGCGGUGCAAGUGCCUGGUCCUCCCUGCCAUGGAGCAGUGCGCGUGCAAGAUCCACUCGCAGCAGAUGCUAUACAUCGAGGCCCUGGCCAAUGUCGACAUAACCAGCCACGGGGAGUGCCGGUGUCGAUGGUGCAACGCAGAUGGCGGCAGCAGGUGGCGAGAAACGUGGAAGCACUUGGGCACAUUCUCCCAUGCGAUUGCCUGCCCCAAGGUCAACUUGCGGGCAACGGACCCGGAGGGUGACGGUUGGAUGGGGCGGAAACCAGAGUGCAACGCUUUGGACUGCGCGAAGUGUGGGUUUGGGGGGGCUGACGGCGUUCCCAUCUGCAGCAAGCUAAAGAACUCCGAGUAGACGGUGGUGUGGAACAUGUUCGAGGACGUGAUCACUGCGCCUGCAUCAGCAGAUGGGAAGAUCAAGGCCAAGAAACUCGCCAACCAGACCGCGCCGAAGGAGGGUAAGCUCUGCGAUCUUUGGUCGGCGUUCAAAGAGCUCACC